AUGUCUCUGAACCAAGCUGCCUGGCUCGACGAAGGACAGCCUCUUCGGGUUGGCCCUGCGCCGAUGCCAAACCCCGGCCCGAAGCAACUGGUCAUCAAGAACCACGCCGUGGCGAUUAAUCCAGCAGACUGGAAGAUCCAGAACGGUGCAUCCUUCAUUAAGGCCUGGCCGAUCGUGGUCGGGCUAGACAUUGCAGGCACAGUUGAAAAAGUUGGCGAAGAGGUAACCCGGUUCAAGAAGGGUCAGCGUGUCAUCUCGCACUCCCAGACAUUAAGAGACCAAGUCCCUGCAAAGGGUGCAUUCCAGCUGUAUCCACUCGCCGAGGAAGUGUUCACAUCGGUGAUACCCGAUUCCAUGAGCUUCGAGCAAGCCGUCGUACUACCUGUGGCCCUUUCGACCGCGGCAUCCGGCCUCUACAUUCCGAAAUAUCUAGGUCUUCCUUACCUGCCAUCGCCAAACCCCAAGCCCACCGGAAAGACGCUCCUCGUCUGGGGAGGCGCAUCCUCCGUCGGCGCAGCCACUAUCCAACUUGCCGUUGCAUCCGGACUGAAAGUAAUCACCACGGCCUCGUCGGCUAAUCAUGAGUUUGUCAAAGCCCUGGGCGCCAGUGCCGCGUUCGAUUACAGAUCCCCGUCUGUCGUCGAGGACAUUGUCAAAGAGCUUGAAGACAGCGACCUCGCUGGAAUCUACGAUGCCAUUGCCGAAGAGCCCAGUUUCGAGCCGAUCACUGAGAUUGUGAAGCGUCUGGGCCGCCAGGUCAAAGUUGCCGCUGCGCAGGCUCGUGAGAAGCCAUCCGAGGGGUUUGACCCCAUCUUUGUAUUCUGUUUUGAAAUCGCCACAGCCCCGCAUGAAGAGUUUGGUGAAGCGAUUUGGGGGAAGUUUGUGCCCGAAGCAUUGGCCAGUGGGCAGUUGCAGGCGAAGCCUGACCCGGUGGUUGUAGGUCAUGGGUUGAGUGCACUCGAGCAUGGACUGAAGGUGCAUAAAGCCGGUGUUUCUGCCAAGAAGAUUGUCGUUACGCUUUAG